UCCCAGUGUAUAUUUCCAAUUCAUUCUUACUCAAAUGAUAUAUUAACGUCAAAUCCAAUACCACCAAGUCUCUCUCUCUCUCUCUCUCUCUCUCUCUCUCUAUAAUGCUCAACAGUCGCUCUCAAUGGACAAAAAGGAGCUCAAAAUAGAGCUAUAAGCUUCUUUCUUCUUGUUCUCCUUCUCUUAUUUUAAGGUAAACUAUUUUAUUUUCCUAAAUGUUGUCAUCUACUGCUGAUCGAGAGAGUACUCGCAAUCGUCUAAACAGACUGUCUUCAUCUUCUUCGUCUUCUACUUCUUCUUCAUCUUCUCCAUCUCCAUUUUGUCAUAAUACCCAGAAAGCAAAAACCAUGGAAGAAGUAUGGAAAGAUAUUAAUCUUGCUUCUCUUCAUGAUAAUCAUUCUUCUGAUCCUAACCCUAAUUUUAUUCUUCAAGAUUUCUUUGCUAGACCUUUUAACAAAGAUCCACCGAAAAGACUAGUUUCUACUACUACUAAAAAUGCUGCAGUAACAGCCGCAGCUCCUGCUACUGUUUUGAGUUUAAACUCUAUUCCAGUAGGUUUUGAUUUCCUUGAAAAUUCUGAUCCACUUAUUAUUAGACCUGUUAGUUCGCGCCUGCCACAUCAUCAUCGUCUUCAGUUUUCAACUAUUGUUUCUUCUUUUAAUAACAAUAACAAUAAUAAUAGUGAUCUUUUUGGGUGUUUCGAUUCCUCUUCUGGUUUGCCUUGUUUUGGGAAAAAAAGGGUUCAAGAAUCUGAUAGCAGUUCUUGUGAUCGUCGCCAUAAACGAAUGAUUAAGAACAGAGAGUCUGCUGCUCGUUCUAGAGCAAGAAAACAGGCUUAUACUCAGCAGUUAGAGAAUACAGUUAAAGAAUUAGAGCAAGAAAAUGCAAGACUUAGAAGUCAACUGGAGGAGUUAUAUUUAGCUGCAGCUGCUCAACUUCCCAAAAAGCACAUGCUUCAUCGAACGUCAACGGCUCCAUUUUAAGUAGUGUACAUGACUGUUUACCUUUCAAUUUACCCAAAUCCUUCUCUUUCUUUCUUUUACCAUAAGAACAGGUCUUCCAUUUAGAGGUUGAAAGAGAGUAAAAAAAACAAAAAGAAAGGAUUGUAUUUAUUGGGUCAUGUUCUUAUAUUUUUUGGGUCAUGUUAUUGUAAUUGUUUCUUGCGAGGACGUGUGUAUUGUAGGUACUAACAAGGAACAUUUUGGUUGGCUUUGGUUUUUUUUUUUUUUUUUUUU